AUGGGAAAGUUUUGGAUUAAACAUGGAAAUAAAAUAAAAUAUUUCAAAUCAAUCUAUGUUUUAACAGAUGGUACUUGUGGUAGUGCUUGUAGUCUGUUUUUAUCCAAAUUAAAAUUUGCUUCAAAUUUUAAAAUGAUCUAUGGCAUUGGCGGAGGAUACGAUGAUAAUGACAGUGAUCUAUUUGAAAGUUCAAGUUAUGCCGGUGGCGGAGCAUUCAAAUGGAAUGAUAUCGUUAACUUUCAUCAUCAAAUUAAUGUUGAUGUUUCGUCAAUUAACUAUUUACCCACAAGCGCUCAGUUGAACUUAAAUGUGUAUGAAAUAUAUAUUGAAGCACUAAAUAGUGAAUAUCCAAGAGAGUUUUUAAAACAACCAGUUGAUAGAAGGUUAACUGUUUCAGAUUAUUUUAAUAUUCAGCAUUGUUUAGAAACGAUAAUACAUGAUGAUAUGCAAUCGAAUAGAUACCUGAAUAAUGAAGAUGUUCACCAAUAUCAGCAAGUGGAUGGGACCGAAGAGGAGGAGACAGAAAGAGAGGUAGGUUUUGAUGAAGAAGAAGAAAUGGACAUUGAUGAUGAAAUAAUCUAUCAACAGCCGAUAGUUGAUGAAUUACCAUCAAUUGCAAGGACAAACNAUCCGAAGUAUGAAUCAAUUGAACCAAGCAUCGCUCCAACUGACAGCACACUAGUUCCGUCAACCGGACGAUGGGCUCGUUUUUCAAAGAUUCUCAGCAAACUCGAUAGUCUUGGUGUAGAAGCACGUGGUAUAGCACGUAUUACGUCCGAGGAACGUACUGACUCGAAGCUGAUUAAUACAGCUACGAUCUGGAUUGCUGCAAAUACGGUCAUUUCAUGCUUUGCCAUUGGUACUCUUGGUCCUGCCGUAUUCAAUCUUGGUUUGUACGAUUCAUUUGCAACUGUUACCUUCUUCAACUUACUUGGUGUACUUCCUGUAGCUGCAAUGGCCUGUGCUGGUCCUGCCUCAGGCUUAAGAACAAUGGUUUUUUCCCGUUUUAGUUGGGGUUAUUAUGGAGCUAGUCUUACUGCUUCUCUCAAUUGUAUUGCUGCCAUAGGAUGGUGCGCAGUCAAUUGCAUAACUGGUGGACAAAUACUUCGAGUUGUCUCCAAUGAUACACUCCCAAUCGCUGUCGGUGUUGUUAUUAUUGUCAUUUGCACUUUAGUACUCUCAUUUGCCGGUUAUAAGUGGAUACACAUUUACGAACGAUAUUCAUGGAUUCCAGUUUUCAUUGCUUUCUGUAUUAUGGCCGGAGUUGGUGCAAAGAAUUUUACCGAUUCUGGCGAAGCAGCAAUGAAAAGUGGACGGAUAGAAGCUGCCAACGUUCUCAGUUUCGGUGGAACGAUCUUUGGUUUUGCUGUUGGUUGGACUUCACUCGCAGCUGAUUACAAUGCCUACUUUCCAGAGGACACGAGUUCAACUAAAGUCUUUACACUCACUUACCUUGGUAAUAUUAUUCCACUUAUGCUUAUAGAAUUUCUUGGUGCGGCUGUUUACACUGGCACCUACACAAAUAGUGCCUGGGCUAGCGCUUACAAUUCUAACAGUAUCGGUGGUCUCCUUGGUGCUAGUCUCUCAUCUGUACACGGUUUCGGCAAGUUUCUACUCAUUCUCUUUGCUCUUUCAAUCGUUGCCAAUAAUAUUCCGAAUAUGUAUUCACUUUCACUCUCAGCACAAGUCAUAGCACCCGUUUUCUCUCGUAUUCCACGAUUUAUCUAUACAAUUGUUGGCACUGCAAUUUACAUUCCCAUAGCUAUUGUUGGCGCCGAUAAAUUCAACGAAUCUCUGGUUACUUUUAUGGACGUUCUUUCCUAUUGGCUUGCAAUUUUUAUUGCCGUUGUUUUCGAAGAACAUAUUCUAUUUAAACGUUGUUCAUUCAAGAAUUAUGAUUUUAGUGUAUGGAAUAAUCGUAAAGCAUUGCCAAUUUCUUUUGCUGCUAUUGGUGCUGGU